GCCGAUACGACUCCGUGGUGGUGGGUUUCCUUCCGGUGGGGACGUUCUUCUAUUUACAGUUGCUCGCCGGGUGUUUGAUCUCACCGACCUCUAUCAGCUUUGCUCCAUAAAUUUCGGAGGUCGCGGGCGGUGCCGGAGUGAAUCACUGAUUUUGUUUCUUCAAGAGUUUAGCUUUUUUUCUAUGAAGUCUAUUUAAUACGUUCAAAAAUGAAGUAUGGACACUUCUCAAGGCCCUUGCAAUCAUAGCAACAAAUUGACUUUAAGAUACAGUCUUGUCUAACAACAGAAGUCUGCAUCAUGAUGAGUACAGCGACAUGGAAUAAAGACAAAUCCACUGUGGGUUAUGAUGAGUGUCAUGAAGAGCCCGGAUAUUACCUAGUUUCGCAAGAAUGUACUGCAGUUGAAAAACAUAGCAAAGCAUUAAUAAGACUUGUAAAGGGGACCAUGUUGAUGCUUUAUGAUAGAGUCUCUCAACUGCCAAAUGUCCACAGUACCAAGAGCAAAAGAGGACAUAUUACCGUGCAGUGCUUAGAAAGCCCGUAUACCAUCAUGCUGGUUGAUGAAAAGGAUUUACAAGAAGUCGAACCUCGAGUAGCUGAACUACUUUUGGCAGUUUCAACCUGUGAUGAGCGAUACACGUUAUCCAAAAACAAACAACGACUGCAGAAAGCACUCCAAAUUGAUUAUGGGUCAAAGGUUAAUGUUCAGCUGAGACUUGGUGGAGAAAAGCUACCUGGUAUAGUAAGAUUUAAGGGGCCACUGCUGCAGCGUAUAGUGCUGUCUGAAAUGUGUUUUGGAGUGGAAUUACUGGAAGAAGGCAGGGGUCAUGGCUAUACACAUGGUUCAUACAAAGAUAAACAAUUGUUUCAGUGUGAUGAAGAUUGUGGAGUUUUUGUCCCUUUCGACAAACUGGAGCUUGUUGAAGAGGAAGGUGGUAUGGAACAUGAAGCUUCAAUCGUGGAAAGGUUUUACUACAGUGAGAAAUCGGCUUUGCCAAUUAACUCAAGGGUGUCUGCAACAAUUGAAAAUGAACUAAUGUUUGGUACAGUCGUAUUCUGUGGUCUACUGCCUGGAAAAGAGGAUUAUGGCUAUUUUUUAGGUGUCCAAAUGGACAAAGGCUUCAGUGAUUGGGAUGGCACGUGGAAUGGAAAAGUGCUAUGCAGACAUUCACAAGGCAUGGCUCUUCUUUGGAUUGAAGAUGUCACACCAGAUACCUCAGACUCAAGACCACUGAAACAAAGCUUUGACUCAUGUGCAUGUAAUGAAAAAAUCUCUUCAAAUAUAAAUAACAGAUCAAAGAAUAAAGGGCUUGUUUCCCAAUCUGGAAAAUCUCCAGGUCAUAAUCGGAGCCGAUCAGAAUUGCGUUGUACAUUAAAUGGCACGUUGGUUGAUCCACAAACAAAAUCCAAAAGCACAUGGUAUAUUAAUGAAGGAGGUGAAGAUGCAGCAAAAUCACUAGUAGAUACACAGUCAGACUUGAGUCAAUCACCACCCUCAUCACUUCAAGCCGCACUUUCAAAUGAAAACAAAUUCCAUUCAUUACCCUUCAGCCUCACCAAAAAGUCAAGUGUAAAUGGAAGCAUUGGCCAUCCCCUUUCUUUGUCUGUUCAAUCAGUAAUGAUGGAUGUGAAUACCAAUACGAAUGAAGACACUGAAGCGGUUAGAGUGCCACCCAAAGAGAAACCCAAUCUGGAAGAGGGCUCAUUGGUGCAAGUAAAGGAAAAUCCUCCUCUCUAUGGAGUAAUUCGGUGGAUUGGUCAGCCUCCUGGAGUUACUGAGCAGAUAGCUGGACUUGAACUUGAAGAAGAAAGUGCAGGCUGUACGGAUGGUACUUUCAAGGGAGUGCGUUACUUUGUAUGUGCAUCAAAGAAGGCAUUAUUUGUAAAGCUUAAAAGCUGCCGGCCCGACUCGAGAUUUGCAUCAUUGCCUCAUCACUCCAAUCAAAUUGAAAGAUGCAAUUCAAUUGCAUUUGGAGGAUACCGAAGUGAAAUAGUUAAAGAAAACACUCCUCCCAAGAUGGAGAAGGAAGGCCUAGCCAUAAUGGUUGGAAAGAAAAAAGGCAUUCAAGGGCAUUACAAUUCCUGUUAUUUGGACUCCACAUUGUUCUGUAUGUUCGCUUUUAGCUCUGUGUUGGAUACUGUAUUACUUAGGCCUAAAGAAAAGGAUGAUGUUGAAUUUUAUACUGAAACACAAGAUUUAUUAAGGACAGAAAUAGUCAAUCCUUUGAGAAAUCAUGGCUACGUAUCUGCUACUAAAAUAAUGAAACUUAGAAGAAUUCUUGAAAAGGUUGAGGCAGCUUCAGGAUUUACCUCAGAAGAGAAAGAUCCAGAAGAGUUUCUCAACAUUUUGUUUCAUCAUAUAUUGAAGGUCGAACCUUUGUUAAAAAUCAGGUCAGCAGGGCAAAAAGUACAAGAUUGUUUCUUUUACCAAAUAUUCAUGGAUAAAAAUGAAGAUGUUGGUGUUCCAACAAUUCAGCAGUUGCUUGAAUGGUCAUUUAUUACCAGUGAUCUUAAGUUUGCUGAGGCGCCUUCAUGUCUCAUAGUUCAGAUGCCACGAUUUGGAAAAGAUUUCAAAAUGUUUAAGAAGAUUUUUCCAACUUUGGAAUUGGAUAUCACUGAUUUGUUAGAAGAUACACCAAGAGACUGUCGAAUCUGUGGAGGUCUUGCACUUUAUGAAUGUAAAGAAUGUUAUAACGACAAUGAUAUAACUCCCGGAAAAAUCAAACAAUACUGCAAAACUUGCAAUACCCAGGUACAUCUCCAUCAGAAGAGACGUGGACAUGAGCAAAGGAAAGUGACUUUACCAGAACAGAUGGCUGACUAUGCCUGGAGGCAGAGCUCUGUACCCAGGCAGAAGAUGAAAUUGUUUGCUGUGCUCUGCAUCGAAACUAGUCACUACGUGGCUUUUGUCAAAUAUGGCCCAGAUGACUCGGCAUGGUUAUUUUUUGACAGCAUGGCGGACCGAGACGGUGGACAGAAUGGCUACAACAUCCCUCAGGUGAUUCAGUGCCCUGAGAUAGGAGAAUACUUGAAAAUGUCACCAGAAAAAUUACAUGGAUUGGAUCCUAAAAACAUUCAAGGCUUUGCAAGAAGGCUGCUAUGUGAUGCCUAUAUGUGCAUGUACCAGAGUCCAACCAUGAGUUUGUACAAAUAGUCUGCAAACAUCUUAAGGUUUGGAAGCAACCAACUAUUUUAUCUCACUUAAAGAAUAUCCGCAUUGCAUAAAAUGAAGUGGGAGCAUGGCAAUAACUUCUCUCUGUAGAUUGUGUCUGCUGCUUCUUAAAUGUCCACUGAUUGAAUAUAACAGUAGGAUUCAUUUUAAAGUCAGUGCGUAAAUAAUUUUAUUUCAAUUAAUUUUGAAAAUGUGUAUAAGUACUAAACUGUUAAUGAAUCCCACACCUUUAUUGCUCUGUAAGAUCAACCACUGGAAACUCUUUCAUCACCCACACAUCAUUGGGAAUAGUGUUAACAAAUAGUGUUAUGUAAAUGCUGAACUUGCCUGUUGUCUCCUUUGGCAUGUAUUGCUCAGUGUCAGUCUUGUAUUUCAGCAAUUCAAGUUUUUUGCUGCCAGUCCCAAUAUGCUGACACAAUUUUUGAGGAGCCUGAUUCGUUUCACUGGAUCCUUCUAAUUUAUUUCUUGGUGUUUCCUGUUGUAUUAUGAUUUUUUUUUGCAAUGAACAACAUUAUUGUAACUUCCUAGUAAUGUCUAGAAAAUUUGAUAAAGCAGGAAUUGUGCUUUGGUUUGCUUGAAAGUUGCUGAUAUUUUUGUAAUUUGGAGCCUUGAAAGAAAAGAAGUUGUUGUGUGAAAAUCAGGGCCCACAUCAGCACUGACCCAAGUGUAUAUUUUUGGUAUAAUUUUAUAUUUUUGUCUGGAUAUUUGUAUUUAAGGCUUAAUCAGUGUGAUCCUUAAAUUGGAUAAUACAGUAAAUUUCUGUGAUAAGGCUAAUCUGGAUUUUUUGAAAAAUAUAAUCAUAUUAAUCUUUAUUGUACAAAAAGCACUUUUGUUUUUAUGUACAAUUACCUUAUGUCAGUAUCAUCUGAAGGAGAAAUUGAUAGAACAAAUGCUAAGGAAAAAUAAGAUUGACUGGGCCUGAAUAAUCUUUUUUGCACCUAAUUAAAGAUUUACAUUUGCAUAAGGACUUGUCCACAGGAUAAUUGCUGAUAUGUGAAUUUAGAAAAGCAAAGUAAAUGAGGCAUCAUUAUUUAAAUAUGUAUAUUAGAAUGAUCAUUGUGCUGUGAUACAUUAACUUUGAAAAUCAAUUUGUAUUCAGUCAUAACUGUAAUUGGAAGUUAUAUGUAUGGAAUCAUUAUUCUAAAAGGCUUUCAGCUUGACUGAAUUAUGUUUAAUUAGUAUUUUUAUCAGCAUACUUUUGUAUUGAUAUAGUACUUGAAAAGAAAUAACUGGAAUUGACAAAGUACAAUCUUGGAUUAGUGUAAUAAUUUUUUUACAAUGGAAUACAAGUACCAGCCGGUAAUUGGUGUUUAGUCAUGUUUGGUUUAUCUACUAAAGGUACUGCAGAAACAUUGGGAAAGAAAAAAAACAUUGUUUCUUGUCCAAAGAGAAUGGGCACUGGAAAUUUCUUUGGGGAUUCUGUGUUUUCCUAACCAUGAUUUUGCACUCUUUGAUUGUUUUGCUGAUCCAGAUCUGCAUGUUGUGUGUUAAGCAUUUUAGAACAUGAUGCAGGGAUCCAUGGAGAAGGGAGCACACAAGUUUGAGCUAUUGCAGCAAGAGCUAUUAAGCAUGUUUAAAAUUACAAUCUUUUCAAUGGACUUCUAAAAAUGUUUGAUGGUGUGUUCAUCAUUGAUAAGGGUCACCAUUUAUUGUCAGAACUCAUUUUCUCUUGAGCUAAGCGGCUGGGUGAGAAUGGCCAAACUGAACGAUGAUUUUUACAACAAUCUGGUUUCAUGGGCACUCUGAAACUAAUUCGCUGAAUUCAGACUUAUCAACUACAAUUUUGACCUUUGAACUCUGGAUCAGUGGCCCAGUCCUCUGGAAACUAAUCUAGUAUUUUAACUAUCGUACUCCUGUAUAGCUACUUGUUUCAAAAUGUAAAGCUAUUGUUAAAUUACUUAGUCAUACAGUUGGCAAAACUGUUUUGAUUUAGUUUCUUUGUGAAAGUUCCUUUUCAUUUCCCGUAUUUCUUUCUCUCAUCCAAAUUCCAGCACAAGCAGGCUGGCUGUUCAUUCAGGCCUACUGACAUCUGAGUUCUAACUGCUUAACACAGCAAAUCCUUUUGGUGUACAAAUGUUUUGUUAUUGAAUCUCUGACACAUCUGCACGCUGUCCUGUGGCCAGAGUGAGAAUUAUUUCUGGAACUUUGAGUAGUUUCCUGUUAAUGUCUCUGUCACUGUGUGCUGCACAGUAUACUGCACAGUAUACUGAAGGAUAUACUGAAGUAACAGUAUACUGUUACUUUCAAGUCAUGUUCGGCCAAAGCUCUCAAAAGUAAAACUCCUUUUCUCAGUUCAGGACAUAAAAAAAAUAAGCGAUACUUGGAGAUUUUGAUGAAACUGGAUGCACAAUCUGCAUUCUGACAACUUGUGACAAAUUAACAGGAGCUUUUUAAAAAAAACACUCGCACUGCAGGAAGUGCAAAGGCAUCACGUAUCUAGAGUCCUUCCUUGAAUCUUGACACUUUUGCACCUGUCAUUUGAUACUCCGGCAGUUCCUACCUGCACUAUUAAUUUAUAUCAACUCGCUUAAAGAUGAUCCCAGUUUGAAUAAAAGUCCCUUAUUAUUAGACUAAUAACAUGUUAUUUUUUCAAGUUCUUGAAAAUUUUGUUGUAUGGUAAUUUAAUGUAUUGUCCUUUUAAAUUAGUUUACAUGAUGUGUGUGUUUCUGUGAAGCUCAGCAUUAGUUCUACUUCCCUAGUUGCUCCUUGUCAAGGUGACAGUGACAAUCAGCCCUUAUGAAGAGCUAAAUAUAAGUGAUAAAAAUUCUCCCUCAGUGAUGUGCGCAAAGCAGUUUCAGUUAUAUGUCCAAGACAAAUGUAUAUUUCCAUAUCUAAAGAGAAAUGGCAAAUGCCCAUAGACUCGUAGAGACAACUAGGUGGUGGCAGACCCAUGCAGUUGCCACCUUGACCUUAUGAGUGGUGGAAGUAAUAGUUUAGGAAGCAAUUUGCAGGAAAGUAAUCUGUAGAUGAUCGAUAUUGCAGACAUUGUAAGUUGGAAAUAUUGAUCAAUGGCAGUGAUGUCUAAAAUACUCAUAGUUGUUGAAGCUGCAUUUAUUUAUUGCUUUGGUGGAAGAAAGGCUUUGAGGGAGUUUCUUGUUACAGGAUAUACAACUUCUCAUCUACCCUUGUACAGAAGUAUUUAAUAGGCUGGUACAGAUGAGUUAGUCAAUGUUGACUCUCGUUUUAGUCCCUAACGACUGUUGGUGAUGGAUGUUUCCAGUGAUGGUAAUGUUGUUGAUUGCAAAGUAGAUGCAUUUAGGUUCAAUUGUUGAUUUUGCUCAUUGAAUCCACUUCAGUUUAGCGUUGCUGGCCACUUGAAAAAUCUAACCCUGAAUAUGUUGUAGGUUUUGCUACAUGUACGCACUAACUAUAUAAAGCAUCUUCAGAGUUGUGAACGAAUUUGAACUUUGUUCAGACACCAUUAGCGUUCCUGGCUUUCGGAUAGAACAAAGGUCUUUGAUGGAGCAGGAGAUUAUGGGCUAGGACACUGCCCUGAGGAGGUGCUGAGGCCAAGAUUGGCCUAUUUGAGCUGGUGGACCUGCUGUGAAUUUAUCCCAUAUAAUGCAAUGAUAGGGUAACAUCAUGGGUUAUAUGUUAAGAAAUUGUAGAGAGGAGUCCAUUCUGUGCUCUUACUAUUUCCCAUGCAUCCUGCGAGGUACAAACCAAUUGAGGUGAUAGACGAUGUAAACAGCAGUUUGGUCCAGUGCCAUGCAGCUUCUUGGGGUUUGGUUACAGUACUGAGAAUGCUACCACUGCAUCUAUUGGAACACUCCUGCCAGUGUGCCCCUGAAUCAUAAUGAAGGGGGUCUGUGAGUUGCUGGAUCUGGGUGUUUCAUGACCAUUUUGGUCAUACCCUCAGGUUUUAAGCUUGGUGUGCUUUGCAAUAGCAGUUUGAUGCAAUUGAAUGCUUACUGGGAAUUUUUGAGUGUGGCUGAAGAUGCACAUAGGCUGGCCUGUAUAAAGGCAACUGAUUCCACCAGGAUGGUGUGUGUUAGCAACUCUAGUUUUAAGGCAGUUUGAUGAUUUCAUGGAAGACUCCACUGAGAUGUUUUUCCAGAUUUAUUUAAUUAACAAAUUCAAUUUUCCUGAUGGUGCAGUGAGAUUCAAGCUUACACAGUAAAACGUUAAUCUAUUACCUGUUCAGUAAGUAUCUUAUUCGCUGAUGUUUACCCUAGAGUGUCCUUUGCUAGUUAUGUAAGAUAGACUACUUCAGUCUGGAUGUGUGCCCAUAACACACAGCUGCUAUUUCAAAGGCAGCUGUAAGCGGAUGGACGGAGAAUAAAGCUCUCUUGAUGUUGUAAGGAGUAGUUUGUGGGGCAAUUGAGACAAAUUUAAGAGAACCUUGCAUAAAUUGAUGCCUGUUAGUGAGAGUGGAUGACGAACAGGUAAAAUGAUCAAUUCCUUUAAUAAGUUCCUUCAUGUAAGAUGCAAAUUUAUAUACACAAACUGCAAAAGUAAUGAAAAUGGUUGUUUUCUUGGUGGUGGUGUAAUUUAUUUUUCCAGUGGCAUAGAACUGACAGUAAAAUUCACACUUGGUAUCAGUCAUACUCGGCCGAAGGUCUGCAAGAACCCUUGGAGGGGCUUCCUUGUAUCACUUGGCCAUGACAUCUUGUGACAUUUAAUUGCAGUGCGGUGCCAAUCUACCUAUAAAUUAUGUUCUCAUGGGCACUUUAUAAAUUGAUAGGGUUUCCGUGUACAGUACAUGAAACCUUUUCCAGUUAGUCAGUAUUAAAUGAGGUGUUGCUGACUUGAAAUUGAUUUUGUAACUUCCAAACUCAAAUUGGUAACACGGUAUUGUUGGCCUCAGAUUCCACUGGUCUUGUAAUUCUGAUUAGGAGAUGAGGUUCAGGUUGCUGACAAAGCAGGACUGCUGUACUAUUGGAAGAUGUCACGCACCUUUUGUGAGGUGAAAUUGUAUUUUGUUUCAUUAUCUCUUUAACCAUUUGGCUAUAUUUAUACACAUUCUAAAAUUUACAUUUGUGUUGUAAGUUGUUUGCGUAAACUAUGAUAAAAUUAUGUUGAUGCAGAUAGCAUGCAUUGCCAAUUUGAGUGCACAUAGGAUAUGUAUCAAAUGCACAAAUACAGAACAUGGUGUUAUUAUUCAAUAUUGAUCCAUCAGUUAUUUUCUUUUCUAAAGUCCACCCUUUGUUUUCAGUUGGUGCACUGCUCAAACGUUAUGACUGCUGGCCUGGUUUAAGUUUAUUUUCCAUGAAGAUUAGUAUUUGAGCAUGCCUUUUUGUUCUUGAAUCACCUGGAGUUUUCCACCGUCUCUAUGCCUCAAGUUAAUAAACCUUAAAUUUAGCUUGAGUUGGAGUUAUAAAAGAUAGAAACAGGCACUAUGGCCCUCGUGUCCAUGCUGACAUAUGUUGUAAACUAGUCCAAUGCGCAUUACCUGUACUGAACUUUCAGCACUGUCCACGCAGUAUACCAUUAAUAAAUUGAGGCCUACUUUGGAAUUUCCUAUCCCUUCCACCAAGAAGCCAGGUAUUAGUGUAGCAAGAUGUCUUCUAUUUAAUCUGAGCUACUGAAUUUGACUUGAUUUGUUUUGAAUUGUUUUGGAUACAUGAGUUUCAAUGAGACAAUUUUGCAGGGCAAACUGGCUAUUGGUAAAUAUUUAUGGACAAAACAGAAUAAACAUCAGAGUGUGCAAAAAUCUGGAAUGGGGGCAGAUUUUAUAGUGGGCAAUCUAAAUUUUGAUGCUUAGCAUUUUUCAACCAAAGUUUAACAACCAAACUUUAAGAAGUCUCUGUUUUGUAUAUUAUUGUCAGAUAGAUUGUGAAGUCCGUUUAGAGCAAAUGAGGGUUUCAUUUACUUAGAUGCUUCUGUACUGUGCUCAGAUUAAAAAUUAAAAUAUUGAAUUGCAGAGAAAUGGAGUGUGUGUUUUUGGAAGUGUUCUUUUUUUUACUUGCAUUGAAUAUGAUGCAUUUGAUUUGCAGUCACCUACCUUGAAUCUAUAAUUAUUAUUUUUUUUAAAUUUGGAGAGACAAGCACUCCACCCAGCAACUCCUGAUUUAACCCGAGCGUAAUCAUGGGACAAUUUCCAUUGACCAAUUA